CCUUGUACUUCCUGAUUUCAUCCGAAACGUGAAACGCAACUCAAGCAAUAUUUCUGCUUACGCUUUCAUUUGUAUCAGACUAUGUUCAGACGGAAACUAUGCGCGUUAGAGUAUCAGCAAGCAGAUUCUUUCGACCACGAUAAUGAAAAUGAGUUCAGGAACCUAAUAGUGUGGCUAGAAGACCAGAAAAUUCGUCAUUACAAGAUUGAGGACAGAACCGGUCUAAGGAACAUGAAUGGGGCUGACUGGUCAAAAGCUCUACAAAGUUAUCUGGAAGAACUUGGUUGUUCCUACCAGCAGGCUGAACGGACAAUUUUAAUAGACUGGUUGCUGGGCUAUGCGAUUCGUCUGGAUUAUGGAGAAUCUGUUGAUCAGUACAAGAGUGUAACACCAGACACUGUGAAGUCGAGUGCUGCUGCACCUGCUAAAUCUACAAACCCACUGGACAACUUGGACUUCAAUGAUGCUGAUUUUAAAGCAGGAGUUGCCUCCCUUUCCAUGAUUCUCAAAGUACCUCCCCAUGCUGACCACUUAGAACAGCUUAAGGCCAUUUGUUUAUUGGUUAAAAACAGGCUGUCAAAGGAGGCAUUACAGAAAGCAACAUCACAACCAAAGGGAGUACAAGUACCAUUAGAUAAAACAGAACUAGGAUUUGAAACAGGAGAUUAUAUCAUCAAUGAAGCUGCCAAAAUUGUUCGGUUAUUACAUAUAAAGGACUUGAGAGAUCUACAGACACAGAUCAAUGCUGCUAUAGUGGGGGUGCAGUCCAUCACAGCUAACCCCAAAACUGACAGCAGGUUAGGAAAGGUGGGCAGAAUGUAAUCCCUCGACGAGGACAGAUCGCUGCUUUUAAAGCCAACUGAGAUUGAAAUCCGUUAAAAAAUCGUGAAUGCAACUAGAACACCAAAAAAGGCUUUACUUUGUGUGGAACAGCUGGGAAGGCAUAUCACCUAGGCUCAACUUAACUCUCAAAUACCUACACACCCUAUUACAUGUGAUAGUAUUACACUACAAAGUCUUGUCUGGAUGGGUCUUAAACUUCCUCAGUCUGAAACAACAUGUAAUAGUAUAAAAAGUUAUCACAAUUCCAGUGAGACUUAAUGAGGGUACCAGAUAGCAUUGUGUAAGGCCAGCCCUGAAUUCUGAUGACGGUAGAUACAAAAUUCAGCAAGGCUUUGUGAGCGGUGGGUUUUAGCUAUACAUGUAUGGCUAGACAUGACCUUAGAUUAACACUGAGCUGGAGACCAUAGUACUGUGCUAAAUUGUGUCUUAGUUUUCUGGACAGAAAAUAGCAGGCCCUAAUUACCUGUUACAAUCUAUAGACUAGUCUCAGAUUUAUCCUGGAAACUUUUAUCAGAAGUGCUGAUAAUAAGGUAAGAUUGAUAAAGGACAUGAUAGAAUUUAAUAAAAUAUUUAUAUGUUC